GAAAAAUUCCAACCUAUUUUUAUUUCUAUAGUUAUCCCUAUAUUAAUACAUGUACUACUACUACAACACUAGUAUAUGUGAGGGAGAGAGUCACUGCAACUAGCUAUCAUCCAAAGAACGAAAUGGGGUGUGCAUCUUCCAAAGGUAUCGACGGCACGGCAGUCGCCGUAUACCAGCCACCACCGACGAGCUUCGCCGUGUUCGACAUAAACUCCAUCGAAGAACCAUGGCUCAAACACCUCAACGACAACACCAACACCAUGUCACAAGAAAACAAACCCGCUCUCCCUCAACCUAUUCUCCACAUCCUCGACGCUACCGAGAAAUCUCCUCAAUCAUGGGAAGAUGUCAGCAAAACACUCCAACACCUCAAACCAAUUGUCCAACAAGAGAAAGAGAAACCUCCUCAGACACCACCACCACCGUCUCCUCUGUUGUCACAACCACCACCUCCACGCAAGGUUGCUUCCUUCCGAACACUCGAAGAACUAGAUGCGAAACAAAGCCCGAAGAAUAACAACACCAACGAGUCACAAGCUCAAUCCACUACGGAUGGUGAUCGAUUGAGAACAAUAAAACCUACGUUGUCUUCGAAGCUGAAGAACAACAUAUUCAUACAGAAAGACAUGUUAGAGAAACAAAAAGAAGAGAGAGAAUCGAAUUUCGAACGGUUAAGGAGGGACCCACUGAGUAACUACCCGGAGAAAGUUCCACCGAAAGGAAACGACGCCGUGGUGAUAUACACGACGUCGUUAAGAGGAGUUAGAAAAACUUUCGAUAACUGCAACAAAGCGAGGGACUUGUUAGAGAAUCACAGGGUGAUAUUCGACGAGCGUGACGUGGCACUUCACGGAGAGUUUUUGAAGGAAGUGAAAGAGUUGUUGUUAACGGAGGAAGAGUCCGGGGUUGGGGUGGUUUUGCCGCGGGUGUUUGUGAAAGGGAGAUAUUUGGGUGGUUUGGAUGAGUUGACGGAGUUAAAUGAAACGGGGAGACUUGGGAGGAUAUUGAAUGCGACGCGUGUGGAGAGAGGUGUUGGGAGACAAGGUUGUGGGGGGUGUGGUGGGGCUAGGUUUGUUCCUUGUUUGGAUUGUGGUGGAAGCUGUAAGCUGGUGAUUAGUGGGGUUGAAAUAAGUGAUUCGACACUGCGGAGGUGUCCUAAGUGUAAUGAGAAUGGAAUUGAUGACAAAAUGUCUAGAAGAGACAUUAUCACGAUAUAGAAGAGUUGGGUGAAUGAAAUUAACUUUAAGGUCUUGCAAAAGACACAUGGGGCAACCUUAAUUCAAGAAUGCUUUGAGUUAAAGAGUUGUAGUGGCUGGAAAAAAACCUCGUGUUAUGGAAAGGUUGAGGUAUCUUAGGACCAGAAUUGCAACUUGAUGAUGAAGGUUUGUGUGGUUACUUAUAUAUGUGUUGGUUUAAUUGUUGGACAACAUAACAAAUGUUUGAUUUUCUAUUGAUAAGGUAUACGAGUUGGCAAA